AGAAUAAAUAGGACAGUGGUGGGUGAACACUUUUUUGAGUUUUUUCAUUUUUUUAUUAUAAUAUAUAUACCGGUAAUCUGUUUUAAAAUAAAAAAAAUUAAAUGUAGAUGUAUUUUUUUCUGUAUGGUGAUUUUAAAUCAAACAAAAAGCCUAGUUUCCCUUUAAAUGCCGAUCUGUUGCAUCAUGACGCAGCUGCGUCGGUCAAAAUACCCUUGUGCGUCUCCUCACUCGGAGUCCAUCACCUCCCGCAUCCCUGUGGCCCGGCCCCUCCCUCCUGCCCUCCUCCUCCUCCCCGGGCAUCGGAGCCUGGAUCCCCGCUCCGGUCAAACUGCGUCGGGCACGAUGAGAGCCGAGGGGAUGGGCGCGUGAGCAGACUCUGCAGCUGCACGAUCAGGAGGCGCGCAGGCUCACAGGGAAAGGGCAAGAAGAGAAGUGAGGUGACGCAGGAGAGGGUUUGUGGCUCCAUGUCUGCUCCUGCUCCAGCCAAUCGCAGGUCUGCUGCGGGAUCUCGCCGAUUCAAUCCUCUGAAGGUUCUGCAGCCCAAACCCCGCCUUGCCCAAACGGCGGUGUCCUCCCCCGUGCCGGUGCCCAAGCCGGCGCCGGGAACGGGUCCGGCUGCACAAGCGGCCGCCGCACCGGUGGCUAUCCCUGUGCCGGCGCCUCCUGCGUUCGACUACUGCAGGUUUAUAGAGCUAGACUACGUUCCCAUGGAAACGGGCUAUAUGGUCUCAAUGCGUCCAACUAAAGGCUAUGCAUCAACUAAGUCGCCGACUAAAGGAUACGCCUCGACAAAGUCUCCGGACAGACACAGUCGCCCAACAAACUCUCCCUCCACCCCUCGUUCUCGGCGGACUCCAGCGGCUUCCAGCAAUAGAGAUCCCUAUGGAAAUCCGACCCUCAGCAGCAGCAGCAACUCAGGCUCCUGUAAAGGCAGCGACUGCAGCCCCACUAAAGGACGACAGAAGUACACAUGUUCUGACAACCAUGGGAUUCGCCCCCCUCCGCCAGAGCAGUAUCUCACGCCCCUGCAGCAGAAGGAGGUGUGCAUCCGUCAUCUACGAGCCAAACUCAAGGAAACCAUCCACACGUUGCAAGAUAGAGACACGGAGAUCGAUGAGCUGCGGGGUCAGCUGUACCGGAUGCAGGAGGACUGGGUUGAGGAGGAGUGUCACCGCGUAGAAGCUCAGCUGGCUCUGAAGGAGGCCCGACAGGAGAUCCAGCAGCUCAAACAGGCUGUGGACACGGUGCGGGCACGGCUCAGCGAUGCGGGCGGCCUCAGUGGGGACGUAGGGGUCCAGAAGUACUUCCAGGACAUCAACGCUCAAAACCACAAGCUGGAGAACCUUUUGAUCAGCAUGGAAUUGGCUCAGGCUGGAUUAGCCAAGGAGGGAAGCUCCAUACCAGGUUGUAGGACCCGAGUUGGGGGGUCAGCGCCAGCGUCUGUGUCCGGGGAAAGCCCUGGAGGUGCUCCUAAAUUAACAGUUGGGGGUAGGGGGUCUUGCUCUUGCGAUGGCUCUCCAGCCCGUUCUCUGACUCGAAGCUCCACCUACACAAAACUGAGCGAUCAAGCCCUGGCGGACCGCAACAGCAACGGGGUUGACUUUCCUUGUCUGUCAGGCAAUGGCACUCAGGACAGCGGCUUCGGGUGUUGCGGGGAGAACAGCAUACCCAGCCGGGCCGAUCUGCUGCUAGAAGCUGCCUUCCUGUCCGAGGAAACGGCGUCUUUACUCAACUCCUACACACAGGCCUUUUCACACACUUUGCCACAUUCUGCCCCCAAGUCCUUACCCAACGCCGUUCCUCACUCCUACUCCCAUACCCUGCCUCAUUCCUUUCCUCACAGUAUGUCCCACUCAGUCCCACACACCAUGCCACACUCCUCCACCUAUGAGACGCUGUGCACGGGCGAGCGUCUCCCACCCUUUCAUUGUGGUUUGGGUGGAAUGAGUUGCAUGAGCCACCCCUGUCUGUCCCACCACCACCUGUACCUGCACCCCCUUAGAGAGAUGGGCAUUCAGACGGAGAGCUGCCCCCUGCCCACCACAGCGGGGUGUCCGUCCGACCUGGACACGAUUGCCGAGCAACGCACUUUCCGCUCUCAGGCCUGCAGCCCCACGUCCACCUGGAUGUCCGACGAAGCGGAGGAAGAUCUGGACUCUAUUACCACCACAACUUCAGUCACCACGGCAACGGUCAUGAGUACAGCCACGGAGCCCAUCCCAGUGUCCAAAACACCCCUGGUGCCUCCUCUACCGCGCUCCGCCACCGUGGCAUUCUCCGUAGAGAAUCUCCAUUGUGUGGAAAACCGCGGAGCCGAGGAAGAGGAAAAACAGGAGAAGGAAAAAGGAGAAAAGGAGGGAGCCGUGGCCGAAAGUCUGGACGAAGAGUGGCAGCAAAGAGGCUCUGAGGGAAUGGAGGUGGAAGAUACGGGCGAUGAAAGGAGGCUAUCUCUGACAAAAAGGUACAAUUUGGAAAUAAUUUCAGUCGGAGAGCUUCAGCUCUGCAGUGGUGAAACCAGACAGCCUGAGACCAGCUUUGAAACCCCAACAAAGGAGAACAGUCAACAGGAAGUUGAUUCCUCGCCUAAAUCUCCCCACGAUGAGCCAACCUCAGCCUAUGCUGGUUCAUCUCCAGGAGUGAAAGAGCCUCACACGUCCCAACCAAGGAGAUCAGCCUCACCCGAAGAGCCUCCCGGCGACGUGGUGGUGGAAGUGCAUGAUGAGGAUGAUGAAGAUAAGACUAAUGAACAAACAGAUGAGGACGGGGAGGGGUCAGGUAAAAUACAAAAAAGCUACUGGAGUCGCCAUUUCCUGGUGGAUCUGCUGGCGGUGGCCAUCCCUGUGGUGCCGACGGUGGCGUGGCUUUGCCGCGGCCCGGUUCGUGACGGACAGCCCAUGUAUCACAUAGGCUCCCUGCUGAGAGGCUGCUGCACUGUGGCGCUGCACUCGCUGCGCAGAGGAGGGGGGCUGAGGCAUUACCCUGCAGGCGGGGGAGACUUGGGGGGGUCAAAUAUAUAAGAGGUUGGGACCUCUAACUCGGUCUUCUUCUGUUUUGGAGGAACUUGUGUGGAGAAGGUGAAACAGGAGGGGAGAACAGCAAUAUCUCCCCGCAUUUCUGUCCUUCAGAAUCGAGCAUUGGGACGGGAGAGCUUCGUUCUUUUGCUCCUCAUCGCCUCUCACGGUUCGUGCUGUAGCUACCAAAACGAUUUGUCGGCUGGCUUUGGCAAACACAAGUAGCUGCUUGAAAUGAAUGAUCGAUGCCUGGAUGUCUGAGGGGGACAGUUGCUCCAAAGUGCAGGGAAAAUGUUCAUUAAACUGUCGUCAUUUCAUCCAAUGAUCACGUGUUGGUGAAUGUGUACACCACUAUGAUAUAUGUGUGUAUUAGAGCAUAUGUCCGACAGAAUCACAAGAUUCAGAGGAAAAACUCAAACCUGACACUUUAGGUGUCAGAAGAUCGUUGAAGACCCAGAACUCAGGGAUGCUUUGGGGGUAGAAACACAGCCAGAUGUGGAGAACCGCCUCUACGCAUUCCCUAACCUUUCCUCAUAGUGACUCGAGAAUCAAUCUUAAUUCAAUCAAAGGAAUGAAUGCAGAGGAAAAGGCUGUUGGAAACAUCUAGCUGAGGCCGCUGACUGUGCAUAAGAGGCAAAUGUAAUCUUUACAAAUGUGCAUUUUAAUCCGACCUUUUUAGUCUGGGUAGACAAUCUCAAAGUAGUGAGAAAAAGUCAUAAAUUUUACAGUUUAAUACACACAAAAACAUUUCCAAUUCACAAUUUGAAUUUUAUUUAGCCUGUUUUAUCAGCUAAUGUAAAUAUAUAUUUAUAUUUCUAAUGAGAUACGUUUUCAAAUCUUGUCCUUCAGAUGUUUUAUUUAUGAUCUAUACUGACUGUCAUCUCAUUCAUAAAAGCUUCUAUGCACUAAAGUGUAAAUGUGUGUUUGCAAAACGUUUUAGCCAUUCAUAGUAAAAAACUUCUACUCGUUUCAGCAAAUUGGAGGAGCUUGCCUUAAACACAGAGGCUGUCUGCUGGAAAAUUAUUGACAAAAAGCAAAUAUAUCAUUACAGCGUGGUACAUAACUCACACAAAUAUGUGACCUUUCACAUAGGAUGAAAAUAUGUAUCUGUUAAGAGGUAAUAAUCGUGUACGGCUUCAGGUUUCUAGAAAACUGGAAAGAUUUUGAAAGUUAGAUGAAGGAGUCAAGAAGAACCAGAUAAUGUAGAGUAAAAAAUUUUUUUUUAUCAUUUUUAAGUGUCAUCUUUUAUUUCUGCAUGUAGAUUGUUAGCUUUAACGGUUGAUGUUUUGGCCAUCUGAAAGGUCAGACCCCCUUCUCUUCAUGUUGUUAGCUAAGUUUUAUGGUGCUAAAGGGCACAAAACAAAAAAAAUUAUCAAUUUUGUCUCAAAAAUUAGAAAUUAAAGAGGAAAACAUGAUCAAAUGCUGAGCCUUCAGCUUCUGUUUUACCCUUUAAAAAUUCUGGCUCCUAUACACUUACAAUCAGGAUUACUGCAAAUCCUGUUUGAGAAAAUAACCUCCUACUUAAAAAGACAUUCAAAUUUCUUAUGCUACGUUCACACCAGGCACGUAACAUGUUUAGCCUUCACACUUGACUAUCACUAACUGGUACUAGAGCAUGUACUCCUAGUUGAAAGAGGUUUGGUGAGAAUGUCAAACUGGUGCAAAUGUCAAAUCUUGCUUCAGGCUUUUUCAUCCACAGCUCUAUUCUGAUACAUGAAAGACUUGUGCUAUGUCUGAACUCACUAUAUAGUGGGUUGGCCAUUUUGUAGUGCUGUCUGAAUCAACAAUUCCAAAGUCAAGAGCCCUAGAAAUUUCCCAGAAGUCUUUGCAAAAAACUAGUGUGCAUCGAUGCUUGCUACACUGGAAAAUAUAGACCACAAUGCAUUGUGGUUGAAUAGUUUUUGUGGAAAAAAAUGUGUUUAAAUCUAAUUCUUUAAUAAAAUAUCAACGUUUUCAUCAUCAGAACACAAAGACUUUCUUUGAAAGUGGUCGCUUGAAGGAGCGUUUCCGUGGAUGGUGUGAACGUUUUGUGUCUCUUAUGUCACACAGAUCUGAUAAGCACUUGUAAAAGUUUCCUUCCGCCUCUCUUUCAUUUUUAUUUAAACUUUAGUGAAAUAACUCAGAAAAAUUUGGCUUCAUUUCCUUCAAAACCCUUCUGGAACCCCCUCCUGUUUGGGUCACUGUCGGCUGUGUUUCUACCCCGGGAAUGUUCUCAUUUAGUCUUAAUUCAAAUGUAGAAGAUUCAUGUUAAUGUGUAGAAAAACACAUUUAUUUUUAUCUUUUUUUUUUAAUGAGCUGUAGGAGUGAUGUCAGCCUCCAGCUCAUUAGACUUUAACCUGUAAAGUUUCACGUCUCUCAAAGCUUUUCUGCAAAGAAAACUGAAGUAAAACAAUAAAUCUCGUAGAGAAGUCGAGUCAUAACCACCUCGGGCACCUUAAUGUGAAUGAAGCCAGUUCUGCUCAGUCUGUGACCUGUGCUGUAUAUUUCUGCUAACCUCUCUGCUGUUGUGGUGUAGACUUUUCCCGUCAGUCUGGUAUAGAGUGUGUGUCCCUCUGUCAUGAGAAUAGACCACUUUCUCUAAAGAGAUCCUCCUGGGAUCUUCAUGGACUCUUCAAACCGAUGUGGAUCUGAUGCUCUGGUUAACGAAAAAAGAACAACUUUACCAUGUGUUGAUCUUCUGCAGAUGUUUAGCUGUUUUGCUUUUCGGUUACACCUCUCCUCCCAUUCAUCUGGAUCAAAUCACCUGUAAGCUCUGUUCUGGCCUGAACAUGUCAGACCAUUUCUGUUGUUGAAUUCACAGAGAAAAGUAAAACUUCAGAAUUUUGAUCAAUCAUUGAUCAAUCAUGUGCAUUCAUUUUUUUUUCUGAAGAACGCACUGCUAUAGCCUUUGAGAUGAUUGCCUUUAACUGUUUUAGUGGACCUUUCUGCAGAGUUUCAAACAGAAAGAAAUGUAUUUUUUUUUGUCUUUGAAAAUGUAUUUUUAUUUGUAUAUUAGCUCUAGUUCCCCACAGGUGUCCCACAAGGUUCAAAGUGGAGUUGGUGGCUUCUGCUGGCUUUGAUCAGCUCAAAUGAAUGUUAGCCUCAAAGAGUGGAGAGUAAAAAUGAAAAGUCCUAAAAGUAAUGUUUAAACAAACAAAACAGUCUUGAGAGAAACCCAAUCUAAGCAAAAAUUUAAAUAUCUAAUAUCCAAAAACGAUCUUUUUCAGCAAAGAAUGUAAAGGUUUACAUUCAGUACAAAGACAAACAAAACAGAAUUCAGUCAAAAUGUCUUGUGAAAACAGAGGUUUGAAUUAAUGUUUUCCCCUCACAUCCUGUUAGCGGGGCCGGAUGAUACUUCAGACAAAUUGUGUAUUUUGUGGUACAAGCAUCAAAUUUGGCAUUGACCUAUCCACUUUAGAAAAGCAUGUUUUUCAGGAGAAAAAUCCAAAAUGGCGUCUAGUUCAAAGAUUCACUCAUUUGCUACAAAAUAUUCAAUUUAUAUUAGUUCCAAUCCCAACAAUAUGAACUACACAUAAUACUUUCAUACAGUAUGGAUCUAGAAAGGCUUAAAAAUGCCUAUUUCAAAUAGUUGUAUUAAUGUUACUGUUUAAUGUUAAAACAGCUGCUCUUUUAGCUGAGCUAUUAUUAAUGCCUGAAGAGCUAGAAUGAACAUUGUCGAAAAUGAUACUAGUAGCUGCGUUUCCAUUACACAUAUAUGCAAAACUUCAUCAAAAUUCUGAAAAUGUCAAAAGAAAAAAAAACAAUUACAUCGUUUCCAUUAUAUCUUAAUUAUGCAAUUAAAUAUAAACCAACUCACGUGAUAAAUCAUUCAAAAACACAUCGAUGGAUGUGAACAAUACUUUGAUUUACAGCAGAUACAUUCGAAUUUCUGCCACACCUCUAGCGCUCACCAUCUUUCAGAGAAAAUGUAGGCGUCUUAUUCAGGCCAUAGAGCAGCAAGUUACAUGUUGGUGGCUAUGGAUGAAGAGAUUUUGGGAAAUGGUGGUUGGUGAUUUUACAGUGGAGCUGUAGAUCCAGCAAUUCCACGUGACACACUCAACUUCUGGUGAGCUGUGUGGCGCUGUGGGACCUCUUGUGGCGUCCACUGUACAGAUGCCAAGGCGGUUCACAUUUGAGCGUGGUAUCUGAUUGUUAGUCAUGUGACUCGAUCAAAAAAAAGCGCUUGGAUUGGAGUUUUGCAAAUUGUGUCAAUUUCCAAAUACCUCCAAAUAAACCUUCAAAAAGAAAAACUUUCUUUUGAUAAAUGCGAGUUCUUUCGAAAUUUUCGUGUUUCAUGAUUCAUGUAAAUCCAAUUUGCGCAAUUUCAUAGUCAAUGGCGACAACAGAUUUAAAAAUCGAGGGGGCCCCCACCCUUGUAGCCACCAUAGCUCCGCCCCUGUACAGUAAAUAUAUUUAAAAAUCUUGGAUUUUCUUUUCUGAAUCCUGAAGUACCUCCCUGCCAAAUUUGAUGCUUAUCCCACAAAAUCCACAAUUAUUUUAAUGAGCUGGUUCUAUUAUGCGGGUGGGGGUGUUUGUUGAUUUGUUUUGUGCACUAACCCUCUGUAGUCUGGAGUUAGUAUCCAUCUACACAUACAUAGCAAAAAAUGGCUAAAAGAAACCGCACUGAAAUGAAAGUGUAAUUUCAUUAACUUUGCAUUAUUUUGCACAAUUGUUUACUCUGAUUACCUGAAGUAGAGAUUGUAUUUUUAUGUGAAGCGUAGUGAUUGUUGUGUUGCUCUAAAGUCCAGAUUUUGUUUGUUCAAAGGAAAAAAAAAAUCUAAUAUAUAUAUAUAUAUAUAUAUUUUCCCCCACCCCAGGAGAAACAUCCCAUUGAAUUCCAAUGAAUUUAUUUUUGUGGCAAAUUUUUUGAUUUCCUUUGAGAGUCGUGCAUUUUUUCUGUUAUUCUCCCCAUCAAUGUUUUGUGUUCUCCCACUAAUGACUGUUUGAAAUGGAAAGUGGUGACAGAGGCUGGAAUACAAAAAGAAUAAGCCAUAAAGUGUAAGUGGAGUUCCUGUUUGAGUGUGUAGUGAGCUGCAGCGUUACUCUGAAAGCCCCGUUAUCUCCUAUGCACAACAACCACGCCUUUGAUCACUUUCUCCCUGUAUUUCUCUAUUUGUUUUACAAUAAGACUAGCAGUGGGAGGGGCCUUCUGCUAAAUGUAAAGUUGUUGUUUUGCCGAUUAUUUGCUACAUUUGCAUUUAUCUUGAUUGUGCAUCUGUUUUUACAUACAUUCAAUUGGGCAUAAAUAUUUAAAAUUUUCAUAAAUAAAAAAGUACUUCUUUUGGAUGGUUGUGACAAUGGACAGGGUAAUUCUGCAUUUAUUCUUCUGAAUACUAAAAAUGUAUAUAGGUUAUAUAUAUAUAUUUUGAUUUAAACAGUUUAAAAUAUAUAUUUUAUCUCAAGCAAAGUUGAGUAAUGUCGUCAAUGAGGGAUUUUUGUUUCCUCACCAAAAAAGAGAAACAAAAGCUAUUGCAGUGUAACCUGAAUGUUUACACUUCUUUCUGUAAGUAAAGUGAUCACAUGAUCACUAUCCAAGUUAGGAAAUAAUAAUCUGAUUCAAAAUUUUAAUCUUCAAAUAAAUACAAACUUAUCAAUUCUUUAUUUGCUGUUCAGCUCCUAAAGAUUAUCCUGUGAUGUUUUCUGUCACAAAUCGAACACAUUUACUUUUAUUUUUUAUUAAAUGAGAUAUGUUAAAACUAAAAAUGUGUUGCAUAAACAAAAGGAUCUAAACUGUGGUGGUUUUUCCUUAUAUAAAGAUAUAUAUUAUAUUCAAUAUUUUAGGGUGUGUCCACUGAUUCACUGUUUUUGUCUCUUUAUUUUCUUUCUAUAAGGAUGUUAAGCUUUUAAUUUUUUCUAUGCAAAACUAUAAAAUUAUCAAGGUUAACAAGGUAGUAAGUCCCCAUUGUUGGAGUGUUUUGUUCUUACCCGUCAUGAUAUUUUAUUGUAAAAGUUUGAUUUAUUGGAUUAUUUUUACAGCUUCAUAUUUUGUGUUUGUAAAACUGGAAAGUCUCAUAUUUUCCACUUAAAUUCCAAGAAGUUAAACGUUUGCAGGAAAUCUUUCUUUUUAAGUGAAACUCUGCAUUUAUGGAUGAUAUAAGGAGGAACUUUUUCUGAGUCUGAAUGCUAAAGAGCUGCAUAAAAGUAUGAAUAUAUAUCAUUAAUUUCAUGCUUUCCUCUCCUUGUACUUGUCUAUUGUAUCCACAGAUCCUCUUCUGAACAUUUUAACGCUGCAGACAUUCAGUAACUGUAAAAUAACAGUUUUAUUGGCAAUAGUAGAGUGUAAGAUAAGAUAUCACUACGUUACUUCUGCCAAACACUGUAUGGAGAAAGACAAAUAUUAAACAUGAGCAUGAAGGAAA